AUGGACGGCCAGAGAAAGAAGCCCCACGGCAACCCGAACAUCCGGAGGGGCAGCAUCCUCAAAGAGAUCGUGAAAGACUUCAUCGGAGGGAGCACCAAGAACCCUGGUGGUGAUGGUAGUGACGGCGGCGGCGGCGGCGGCAACGACGGCGACAACAACGGCAAGAGGGGCAGUGGAGAUGCUGCCGGCGCCGCCGACGCUGCUGGCUGA